GGGCACCAAUCGAUUUUGGCGGGAAAAAACGUCAAAAUAAUCUUCACUGCUAUUUUGUGUUACCUACAAACAAAAAGAACCGUAUGGGGACCAAAGAGAAAACCAAAUAACUUAAAAAUGAAUACAGGAAAGAUUGUGCAACGACGAGGUGAAAGUGAAACCGAGGCGGGCUAUCGCGAGUCACAAGAAAAUGACAAAAUUGAUUCCAAGUAUGGAUUCGAUCGGGUGAAGGACAACAAGGAGCGUACAGGAUAUUUAAUCAAUAUGCACUCGACCGACAUUCUAGACGAGGAUCGUCGUCUUGUCUCGGCCUUAGAUUUAUUUUUUAUUCAAAUGGACGGAAGUCGAUUCAAAGCGACUGUUGUCUUUCAACCGUAUUUCCUGAUCCGAACCAGAGAAGGCAAACAGUUGGAGGUGUCACGAUAUCUGGGCAAAAAAUACGAGGGAAAAAUAACGAAAAUCGAACACAUUAAGAAGGAGGAUCUCGACCUACCGAAUCAUUUGACCGGCUUGACGCAAGACUAUCUGCAGUUAUGGUUCGCCAACAAUAACGUCUUGAUGAAAGUGCGACGAGAAAUAAUGGCGGCUGUGAAAAAGAAUCGCGAACGGGACAAGGCCAACACUAAUUACAUGAGAAUGUUAAGCAACUCGUUGGUGAGCGCAUCGUCGCACAAUUUCCAACAAACCACGGACUAUUUCGAUAGUCUGAUCGACAUACGCGAGUAUGACGUGCCGUAUCAUGUUCGGGUGUCCAUCGAUUUGAAGAUCAACUGCGGCCUGUGGUUCAACAUACGAUGCAAGGGUGGCACAGAACCACCAGUCAUAACGCCACGGCCCGAUAUUAUCGAACGUCCAGAACCGGUAAUUUUUGCCUAUGACAUCGAAACAACGAAAUUGCCGCUGAAAUUUCCCGAUGCUCAAUCCGAUCAAAUAAUGAUGAUAUCGUACAUGAUCGACGGUCAAGGCUAUUUGAUUACAAACCGUGAAAUCGUUUCGCAUGACGUUGAAGACUUUGAGUACACACCGAAGCCGGAAUUUGAGGGAAAUUUCAUCGUAUUCAAUGAACCAAAUGAAUUGGCUCUGAUUCAAAAGUUUUUCGACCACAUACUGGAGAUCAAACCGCACGUCAUGGUCACAUACAACGGCGACUUCUUCGAUUGGCCGUUCGUUGAAACGCGUGCUGCUGUCUACGAUAUGGACAUGAAACGAGAGAUUGGAUUUUCGAAGAAUCGUGAUGGUAACUAUCUGUGUCGGCCCUCAAUGCAUAUGGAUUGCUUGUGUUGGGUAAAGAGAGAUUCGUAUUUGCCGGUAGGCAGUCAAGGUUUGAAGGCUGUGGCUAAAGCUAAAUUACGUUACGAUCCGGUGGAAUUAGAUCCGGAAGAUAUGUGUCGCAUGGCUGUUGAACAACCGCAAGUGCUGUCCAAUUAUUCGGUGUCUGAUGCUGUCGCAACAUAUUACCUUUACAUGAAAUACGUGAAUCCAUUCAUCUUUGCCCUGGCUACUAUCAUUCCAAUGGAACCGGACGAAGUGUUGCGUAAAGGGUCGGGAACAUUGUGCGAAACAUUGCUGAUGGUUGAAGCUUUCCAUGCCACAAUCGUGUUCCCGAACAAGGAACAAACUGAACUGAAUAAAUUGUCCGAAGAUGGUCACGUUCUCGAUUCCGAGACAUAUGUGGGUGGUCAUGUCGAAGCUCUGGAAUCAGGUGUGUUUCGUGCCGACAUUCCAUGCCGUUUUCGUUUGGAACAGGAAAUGAUUAGAAAACUACAGAGUAACGUUGACAAAGUCCUGUCCCAUGCAAUCGAAGUGGAAGAAGGUGUACCAAUGAGUUCGGUGAAAAAUUUAGCCGAGGUGAAAGGCGAAAUUGAAGAAGCCCUGCAGAGACUGCACGAUAUUCCAAAUCGUUUAGAGAAUCCAGUAAUUUUCCAUUUGGAUGUCGGUGCCAUGUACCCCAAUAUUAUCCUAACGAAUCGCCUUCAACCAUCAGCCAUGGUCAAUGAAACGGAUUGUGCUGCCUGUGAUUUCAAUAAGCCGGGAGCUGCAUGUAAACGAGAAAUGGAUUGGAUGUGGCGUGGCGAAAUGUUACCUGCAUCGAAAAAUGAAUUUCAGCGGAUCCAACAACAACUCGAAACGGAAAAGUUUCCACCCCAAUUUCCAGAUGGACCAGCUAGAGCUUUCCAUCAGCUGACUAGAGAGGAACAGGCUGGCUACGAGAAGAAGCGAUUGACUGAUUAUUGUCGGAAGGCUUACAAGAAGACAAAAUUAACCCGCUUGGAAAACCGUUCGUCGACAGUUUGCCAAAAGGAAAACAGUUUCUAUGUGGACACUGUCCGCGCAUUUCGAGACCGUCGCUACGAGUACAAAGGCCUAACAAAAGUAGCCAAGUCAGCCGUAGCAGCGGCAAUGAAAAGUGGCGAUGCCAGCGAAAUCAAAGCGGCUAAGGGUCGUGAAGUGUUGUACGAUUCGUUGCAACUGGCCCACAAGUGUAUUUUGAAUUCGUUUUACGGAUAUGUCAUGCGACGAGGUGCUCGUUGGCACAGUAUGCCUAUGGCCGGUAUCGUUUGUCUGACUGGUGCGCAUAUUAUCAAAAAAGCCAGAGAAAUUGUUGAAUGCAUUGGCAGGCCGUUGGAACUGGACACUGAUGGUAUAUGGUGUAUAUUACCGUCUUCAUUUCCACAGGAGUUUACCAUUCACACGCACCAUGAUAAAAAGAAGAAAAUUAGCAUUUCGUAUCCGAACGCUGUGUUGAACACAAUGGUCAAAGAUCAUUUCACCAACGAACAAUAUCACGAACUCGUUCUGAAAGCAGGCGAUGGUCAGGCACCAAUUUACGAACGCCGGGAGGAGAACUCUAUAUUCUUCGAAGUGGAUGGACCGUAUUUGGCUAUGGUGCUGCCAGCUGCCAAAGAAGAAGGCAAGAAGUUGAAAAAACGCUACGCUGUGUUCAAUUUCGAUGGAUCGCUGGCUGAGUUAAAAGGCUUCGAAGUGAAAAGACGCGGUGAAUUGCAAUUGAUUAAGAUUUUCCAGUCGUCUGUGUUCGAGUCGUUUCUCCACGGUGAGUCGCUGGAGGAGUGUUACGCAAGCGUUGCUAAAGUGGCUGAUUACUGGCUAGACGUAUUAUACAGCAAGGGUUCCAAUAUGCCCGACUCCGAAUUAUUCGAAUUGAUUGCAGAAAAUCGAUCGAUGUCAAAGAAGUUGGAGGAGUAUGGUGUACAGAAGUCAAACACUAUUUCGACGGCAAAACGGUUGGCUGAAUUCUUAGGAGAAGAAAUGGUAAAAGAUGCUGGUCUGGCCUGUAAGUACAUAAUAUCGAGGAAACCGGAAGGAUCUCCAGUUACAGAGCGUGCCAUUCCACUCGCUAUUUUCCAAUCGGCUCCUAGUGUUCGACGACACUACCUCGUACGAUGGCUCAAAGACAGUUCGAUGGGCGAUGCAGAUAUUAGGGACGUUCUCGACUGGAAUUACUACAUCGAACGUCUGGGCGGCACAAUACAAAAAAUUAUAACAAUUCCCGCUGCUCUACAGGGCCUCGCAAAUCCAGUUCCUCGAGUCUGUCAUCCGGAAUGGUUACAUAAACGGAUGCUCGAAAAAAAUGACGUUCUGAAACAACGACGAAUCAAUCAGAUCUUUUCUGCAAAACCAAAACCUAUCGCUGCUGAGCAAGAGAUUCGUGACAUCGAAGAUAUAAUGAGCCAGCCGAGCACCAGUCUUGGCAUCCCAAUUUCAACGAAACGGAAACGAGAUCAUUCGGUGGUCGAGGAAAGCGAACCUGUGGCAGCUAAAACAUGGAGAGAGGCCGUUGGAAGUCCGCCCAAAUUGGAUAAUUCAAAGGAAAAAAUUCAGGCUUGGAUUGCUUUCCAAAAGAAGAAGUGGGAAUGGCAGUUAUCACAGAGAAAACGCUUUAAGGAUACGGGAAACAAAAACAAAAAGUCAAAAGUAAGUCGAACAGAAACGGUGGCUGAGCAAGCUGUCGUAAGUACACGUGGAGCUGCGGCUACUUUAGGCGGUUUCCUGAAACGGACACAGCGUUCGCUCAUUGAAUCACCAUGGCAAAUCAUACAAAUUGCCAGUGUUGGUGAUAUGGGCGAUUUUAUCCUGUGGGCGAUGGUUGGCGACGAAUUGCAUAAAAUCAAGUUGACCGUUCCGCGAAUAUUCUAUGUGAACCAACACUCACCGGCUCCCACUGAACCUGGAUCAAUGUGGAAGAAAGUGCACCGAAUAUUGCCCAGAGCUCGACCCGUAUACCAUCUGUAUCAAUAUUCAGUUAGUGAAUCGGUGUUUCGGGACAAUCGCUUGGGUAUGUUGGCUGAUCUGGCUACACCCGACAUCGAAGGCAUUUACGAAACUCAAAUGUCGCUCGAAUUCCGUGCUUUAAUGGACUUGGGAUGCAUAUGUUCAGUCCAACGAUCUGAGGCAAAAAAAUUGGCUGCAAUGGCUUCGAAAGAUAUCGAAUCGUUUUCGAUCGAUCAGUUGCAAUACCAAACGCAAUCGUUGCAACCGUAUUUGAAAGAAAGUGGAUCGCUGAAACGAAUAUUUCUCUAUCAGCACACCUCUUCGACAGGCAAGCGAGAGAUGUGGGGACUGUUUAUGCCUCCGAUCAAAAAAUCAAUCAUCAUCGUGCUGGAUACUGUUCGUACCAAUCAAAUGCCGGCCAUGAGAAAUUUCUACGCAACGGAACGUACCACCGCUCUGAACAAUGGACAAAGCCAAGUGACCGAAGAAAAUGUGCCGCCCGAGGAUAUGUCGUUUGAAAUUUUCAUGGAAGUUGAUCCGAAGCAAAUCUAUCGACACAUUCAGCGCAUGUUAUCGCAGUACAAAGAUGAAAAGAAAGGCCCUACGUUGCUGUGCUUGCAAACAAGCAUAAAACAGUCAAAGCUAAACGGUUCAAUGCCAGCAAUGAGCGAUUUCCCCCAAGCUUCCAUCUACAUUAGCGACGAUGCAUCCCUUCUAUCCGGUUUGGAAUGGCAACGAUCUGGCACACGGGCUAUGAUACGACAUUUCCUGAAUUUAAAUACGGUCAUUGACCUAAUGUUGGAACAGUGUCGAUAUUUCCAUUUGCCCAUCGGCAAUAUGCCCGUGGAUACUGUACUGUUUGGUGCUGAUUUGUUCUACGCAAGAUAUCUGCAGAAACAUAAUUUUGUUUUGUGGACAUCACCGACGAGUCGUCCGGAUUUGGGUGGUCGUGAAGCGGAUGAUAAUCGACUGUUAGCCGAAUUCGAAGACAACAUAACCGUGGUACAGAAUAAAUCAGGAUUCUACAGUGAUGUGUGCGUCGAAUUGGCUAUCGAUAGUUUGGCUGUGAGUGCUUUACUUCAAGCCAAUAAAGUCCAAGAAAUGGAAGGUGCAAGCUCAGCCAUCACAUUCGAUGUCAUACCUCAGGCUUCUCUCGAUGACAUGGUUAACCGAAACGAUGCGUCCAUUCUGCCCAGUUACGAUGACACAGCUCUAUGCAGUGCCGCGUUCCGUGUCAUGCGAUCCAUGAUCAACGGUUGGCUUCGUGAAGUGACUAUGAAUCGAAACGUUUUCUCAGAUUUUCAAAUUGUUCAUUUCUACCGCUGGGUACGGUCCAGCAAUGCCCUCCUGUACGAUCCGGCACUUAGGCGUGCGUUGAACAACUUGAUGCGAAAAAUGUUUCUUCAAAUCAUUGCCGAAUUUCAACGACUCGGUGCCGAGAUUGUCUUCGCUGAUUUCAAUCGAAUUAUCGUUAACACCAACAAGAAAACAGUUGUCGAUGCAAUCGGUUACGUUGAAUAUAUUGUCCAGAGCAUAAGGCACAAGGAAAUCUUUCACAGCAUCCACCUGUCGUAUCAACAGUGUUGGGAAUUUUUGUGGUGGGUGGAUACGGCAAAUUUUUCCGGUGUACGUGGUAAAUUGCCGAAAGACAUCAGUGCGAACGGUGAUGCCGAAUCGACCGAACUAACUGAAAAUGAUGAAAACGAAGUGACCAUGGACAUGAAUUGGAACAUUGGCGAAUUGCUGACUGAUCAUGGAAAUUGUCGCGAACAUUUCGAAACCGUUUUAACCGCGUUCAUGGAAGCAUUGGCUGACGGAACGACACCGAAAAAUGCCGUAAAAGAUGUUUCCCAUUUGGCAUUUGAAGCGACUCAGCGACUGCACACUAACUACGCACAGGGCUAUGAAAGUCCGGCACUGUAUUUCAUAAACGCGCUGUGCAAGAUACUCUUUACCAAUCAAAAAAUGGAGGAAGAAGUGCAGUCAUUCCGGGGGAAUAUGCUGCGUUUGAUCGGUUUCGGGGAGUUCAGUGACAAGGCCACAUGGAAGGAUCCCAUUCAGAGCUAUGUUCUGAACGAAGUCAUUUGCAAAGCGUGCAAUCACUGUCGUGAUGUUGACCUGAUCAAGGAUAAAGAUAAAGCCUUAAAGGAUGGAAUACCCGUAUGGCUGUGCCCGCAAUGCUACGUUUUCUACGACAACACGGAGAUUGAAAUUCGUUUGCUGGAUGUGAUACAACGGAAACUCAUAUCGUAUACGCUGCAAGAUCUACAGUGUACCCGUUGCAAGCAAAUCAAACGAGAAAACAUCGCUCAACUGUGUUCGUGUGCCGGAAGUUUCGAAACAAUCAUCAGCUCUAAGGAUCUUAAGAAUUUGCUAACAACAUUCGUGAAAGUGGCCGAUGACCAUAAAAUGGAAUUGCUGAAGGAGCAGGUUGAAUGGAUGUUGAAAAUGAAUUGACUUUGUAUUAAUGAUGGUAGUAAA